UGUGACGUCAGAGUGAGGCAAAACAUUGAUAACAUGAUAACGAGAAACUGAUAGCAAUGCAUUUAGUUUCCCGCAAAUUUAAUUCUCUAUUUUCAUUAAAAAUUAAAAAUAUAUAGUAGGUAUUUGAUAUAUAAUGUGCAAUUGAAAAGAGCUCAAUUAUGGUGUGUUCUUGUGCAGCAAUUAAUUGCACCCAGAGAUUCGAAAAAGGUGUUACAUUUCACAAAUUUCCGAAAGAUCCUCAACUCGCAAAGAAAUGGGUUAUCAACAUGCGUCGAGAUAAAUGGUUUCCGAACAAAAAUUCUGCGCUAUGUUUUAAACAUUUCAUGCCAGAAUGCUAUGCUCAGAGUGGCUGGAGUUCUCGUUGUCGCCUCAAAGACGAUGCAGUUCCUACAAUAUUCGAUGUGUCAGCUCAUUUACAAGUUGAUAAACAGAACUCGAGAUCGUCGAGGAAACGUCCUUUGGAUACAGUAGUCAACGUGCAAGCUCUCAUCGACAGUACAAACGAAAUAAUUGAAUCUCCCCCUGAAAUGACCGAGGUACAGCCGGAUACACUCGUGCCACCGCCAAGCAAAAAACGAUUGUGUUAUCCUGGAGAUUUUAAACUUUCUGAAAUGGACUUAUCUGAUGAAAAUAUAACUGCACUAUGCAUUGAAAAACAAAGAAAAGCUCUCAAGCAGAAAGAUGCGACGAUCAAAGUGUUAAAAGAGAAAAAUAGGCGACUAACUCAUAAAGUUGAAAGCUUACAAGCACAGCUCGAAGCCGAACUUCUUCUAAAAUAUGAAAAGAAAGCUUCAGAUGAAGCAUCACAAAGUAUCGAGGAAUAUGGAUGAUAUUUUAGUCGUAAUAUUUAUUUAUGUACUUAUGUAUUUUAUGUAUAAUACACUUAUUUAUUUGA